AUGGGGGUGCAAAAACGACAUAGUCAAUUCAGUGAUACAAAAUAUAAGUGGCGGACGGUGUUUUUAGUGCUGUGUUUCGUAAACUGUGAUGGUCAGGAGAUAAGAAAGGAUGAGAUGGAUCCGUAUAUGUUGAAUAAGUCAUCAGGUCUCACAGAACUAUCAGGUGGGGUUGUGACCAGUGGGAGAAUCGUUUGGAGGGCUGACAGCAGCCCGUAUUUACUCAGAGAUGACUUGCUUAUUGAGAGAGAGGCCGAGCUGGUUAUAGAACCAAGUGUAGAAGUGAAAUUCGCUCCCAUGAUCGGAAUCACGGUUCGUGGAAAACUGACGGCUGUUGGUGAACACGGUAGAGGUAUAACAUUCACGAGCACAGAAGAGCCACAGAAUAAGGCGAAUAGUUUGCCGGCCAUUCGUCUUGUGGACGGACCCUCUAUACUAGCCGGAAGAAUUCAACUGUUACAUAGGGGACAGUGGAGAUCAGUAUGCACCAACUCGAGGAAUUGGACCAUCAACGACAUGGAAACGGCUUGCAGGCAAUUAGGGUUCAUGGGCGGAACGUUUUACAAUUGGAUGGAUCGACAACCGGGACGACGAGCGAGGCUCUUACUGGAAGAACCCAAGUGUAAAGGAACAGAAUACGAUCUGUUUCAAUGUGAUUGGAACUCACGACAACUGGGUUCAGGAGUGUGCGACUAUCAUCCUGACCUUGGAAUACAAUGUGAGCCGCAUCAUGACGAUAACGAACUAAAGAAUUCAGGUGUCCAUUGGAGAGGACUGAGAUUCGAAAACGCUGUGUACGAAAGAAUACUAACAGCUGAGAACACGCUUUACGUACCCACGUCAAUGUCCAGGCUGGUUCAUAUAACGAUCAGAAACGCGGGCCUCGGGAGAGAUAAUAACGCAACGAGUGCUUUAGACAUAAUAGGUGUCCCGCCUGUGAUGGAAGACAUCGCAGUUUCCAACUCCGCCUUCAACGCUAUCAAUGUGACAUCACCGAACGCUCCAAUACAUAUAAACAACUGCACGAUACAGAACAAUAGAGGUUACGGUGUUUAUGUUAAUUCGACCUAUGGCAUGACAAAGAUAGAGAACUGCCUGAUCAACGACAAUGGUGGUGACGGGAUCAAAUACGUCGUGCAUGAACUGAAUAUUGAUGAGAGAUUCGACCGCAGCGAAGUUUUCGAUCUAUGUACGCUCGCCUCCACACCUAGUCAAACAUUCCCAAUACAGAUGUCCAUAGAACAAUCGAGAUACUCCAAUAUGGAAAGGGAUUGCAAUCAAAAGUUCUACACGAGACCCGACCACGUUCUUACUCUAAGCUUUUUAAAAAUGUUAACGAACCGUAAUGACACUGGAGAGAUUUUCGUCUACGAUGGCCUAACUGCUAGCGAUAAACUAUUACUAAGGUUCAGCAUCAGAAAUCACACUCGACCACAAAGUGUUACGUCAACGAGGAACCGAAUGUACGUCAGAUUCCGUGCUGAUACUAGAACAGAUAUCGUUGGAUUCUUGAGAUUAACAUCAGGGAACAGUAAAACUUACGACUUGAACGUGACAGACACGCUUAUAUCUGAUAACAAUGGUAGGGGAGUUGUUAUUGAAAAUUUGAGGUCCCAGAUUCACAUCCAUAGAACUUCGAUAUCUAAUAAUAACCACGUGGCUGGUCUUCAAGUAACAAGCGGUGCUGGCGAUGUAAAUGUUACUGAGAGUCGAAUAUCUUUCAAUCAAGGUGACGGUGUCAACAUAACAGUUACUGGCGGUAAUAGGAAUAUAUCCAGAAGUAUUAUAAGCUCCAACCAGGGUUACGGCGUCGCUGUUUGGCUCAACAACACCCAAGAAACUAAAUAUGUUUACGUAAACCAAACAACAGUGAUCGAAUACUCUGAGAUAUUUAAAAAUCUUGAUAUCGGCAUUUUACAUGGGAAUUUUUGUGGUGAUAGCUGGUUAAAUGUAACCGGGAACUGGUUUAACUCGAGCGUUGAAAGCACUAUAGACGUAGGAACUUGCUGGAAGCUCAAUAAUCCCGUUAAAUUGCUGAAUUUACAAAUAGGUCAUAAUAGAUUUUAUCAAAAUCGACGAGUUCCAAUAAAAAUUCAGCCCGCACUAAAUAUUCUCGGAAAUAUUGAAUACAACUUCUUCGAACAUGGAGAUUACGGAGCGAUUGCAAUCCUUAAUAGAAUAGAAGGGAAAUAUUUGGAGGACUUUGAAAUAUUACCCGCAAGAUUUUCAAUACAACAUAACCACUUCUACGGCAAUAGCGGACCUUUCGUAGUCAAUCUGGGGCUGUCCUCUUACAGUGAUCUUCAUUAUAUUUUGUUUUCAAGGAACUAUUUACGAGAAAAUAAGAUAAGAGAACCAUUCGAUCUUCCCGAAGGUCUAUCUUCAAAACUCACGCCACGGAGUAGAGUUGCCGCUACAAUAGUUCUAACAUCUAGUAAUGUAGAUGUGUUUAGAAAUAUAAUAAACAAUCCAGAAGCACAGUACGAAAUAGGAUCACACGUCGAAGAUCAAAGUAAAAUACUUAAUUGUACAUAUAACUGGCUCGGAUAUGGAGAUGAAGAGAAAGUCAACAAUAGACUGUUCCACAGAAAAGAUAGAUAUAAUUUAGCUAAAAUUAUUUAUAUGCCGUAUCUUUUGCACAGCAGUAAUCCUGGUGCUACACAAGUUAAUUACAAUUCUCUAUAUGUUCCACAAUUCAAUGUACCCGGUUCGUCUGUAGUCGGUGGUGAAGUAGAAGGCAUUGAAAUAUUAAGACAAGGUGAAUACGAUGUGGACAAAGACAUAAACAUCCGGCCGGGUGGUAAACUAAUAUUACAAUCAGGAGUUACAUUAAAAUUUCCCCCCUCUAUUGGCAUAAUGGUUGCUGGCAAGUUAGACGCGAGGGGCAAACGACCAAACGAUAUUACCUUCACCUUAAAAGAAGAAGUCGCUAUGUCAAACGAUAGUAUUUACGAGACUGAUACAGAUGUAGAAAUAACUACGCCAGGUUAUCAAGAGCCUGUAGUACCUAUCAGACUACUAGGCGGUAGAACGCCUUAUGAAGGAAGAUUGCAAGUUAGAAUAGACAGCAAAUGGGGCACGAUUUGUAACUACAAAUGGAAUAUUGUGAACGCUGCAUUAGUGUGUAAUCAGCUUGGUCUCGCUCUAAACCCUGAUGACUGGUAUUUAGAACCAAACGAAAUACCAAAUGCGGGCACGGCUGAGGAUAUUAUACUAUCUAAUGUAGAAUGUACGGAAUUUGACAAUGAUAUAACAAAGUGUAAGGCUGAGACUAUUGAAAGUUUCGAAAAUUCUUGCACGCAUGAUAACGAUGUCGGUAUAAGGUGUUACGAAUCAAGUUGGGCUGGAGUCAGAUUUAGUGUUAUUGCUGAAAGAGCGGAUUUACAAUACGUAACAAUAGAAAAAGCGGGUCUUCUUGAUUACUCGUCUAAUUUAUUUAAGCCUGCCUUGCAAAUCGAUUUUGCUCGACACAGUCUCGAGAGCGUCAAAGUCAUUAAUAACUAUCAUGAUGGCUUAGGCAUUUUGUACUCCGAUCUAUAUGGUGCUGAUGCGAUAAACACCGUUCGUAAUUCUGAAUUCAGCAAUAAUAGAGGCAGUGGAAUUAGUUUCAAGCAAUUAGGUUUAAAAGUUUACAGUUCAGUAAUAGAAAAUAACAAUUUGGCUGGAAUCUCCCACAAUCCUCAUAUAACAGGACCACAGCAGAGAGAAAUUGCUGGGUGGUUUCAUUUGGAUCCCGGCUUCAAUAUGGAUGAAUCAAACUAUCAUCCAAUUAUGGUGCCUCAGUACGAAACUGACAUUUCUUUGGUGAAUGGAGAAACCAGACAUAUAGUUUUCACUAAACAAUUAUCAGAAAAUAUCGUAAAAACCUAUAACAUCAAAUGUAACCCGGGAUAUGUUCUUGGCUUGCAGCUUUUAAAUCCCAUACACAACUUCUCAAGUGAGAGCAUCUGUAUAUACGACUCGCAAAACAUUAAUGAAGCCAGUACUCGAUGGUGCCUAGAUCGUGAUUUGUCUUCAUUUCCAACAACAAGUAAUACAUUUGGAGUCGUGUUAAAAUAUGAGAGCGGUAUGAAUGCUUUAGGAGGCGUUGUUCUUGUUGUGAGUACUAUUAUAGCACCGGUGCAAAAUAUAAGAAACAAAAUAAUCAAAGGGCCAGUACCCACCCUCCAAGUUUACAACUCUAAAAUUAAGGGAAACACAAAGGGUGUAAAAGCUUUAUAUUAUAAUAGAUAUUUGAAUGAACUUGGCGAUCAUUUCUUGAGGAAAGCUAAUGAAACCAUUAAAUUAAUUAAUUGUGAAAUCGCCCAUAAUAAGGAGGAAGCUGUAUACAUCAAUACACCAUUUUGGGACAUACAUGAGAGCAAUGUCACAGAAAUUACAAUUAUGGUUAAUAACAGUUUAAUAACGGAUAAUGGUAAAGGAAUAUAUCAUUUCGCGAGAGAUCUUAGGAGCUCCAAUAAUUUAUAUCACUAUGUCAUGCAAGAUAAUACAAUAGAAAGAAAUAAGUAUGGAGGAUUUGAUGUGUCUUUGCCUUAUGUAUGGCAAUACAAUGAGAACUUUACACACUCCAUCUAUAUGAACAACAAUACUUGGCGUAAUAAUCAACAAUUCGGUUUUACUAUUGAUGGACAUUUCGCUGAAGUUAAUAUCACGAAAAAUGUAUUUACUGAAAAUUAUUGUAAAGUUGGUCUAAUAUCGCUGAGAGGAAUGGAGAAAAAGAUGAGAAUUGAUGGUAACGUAAUAGAAAGAAACAAUGGUCAGUACAUGAUACAGUUUUAUAUGGACAGUCAAAGUGAAAUCAUGGGCUUCGUUUACGCAGUAUUUGUAUUCAAUCAAGUUAAAAACAAUAGGUUUGUAUCGCAAAUUAAUCGUGGAGCCCUCAUUAUAAACGCGGAUCCCACUUACGUUAUAGGAUUUAAAGGAGUUCAGAAAGUAAAAGUUAGCAGAAAUCUCUUUGGUAGCAAUGACUUACAAUACACGUUACUUGCGGGUAUAAGAACAGCUAAAAUCAACAAUUUACUUGAUGUCACUGAGAACUGGUGGGGCAGUGCCGAUGAAAAGGAAAUCAGAAAACAAAUAUUUGAUUUCGACGAUUGGAACAAUCACGCAGUAGCAACAUAUUUGCCUUAUUUACUUACAGAUAGCUUCGAUUCAAGUGGUUCUGUUACAUUCAGUACUGAAAGGGCUAUUGAUCUAAAUGAUCUCGGGGGAAGAGUGACUUCAGAUCUUACGUUACCUGCUCGCAUACAGCCAUACUUUAUAAAUGUAGAUAUAACAGUCAUGCCUGAAGUGACACUUACUAUAAGCCCUGGCGUGGUGUUAGAAUUCGCCCCUAAUGUUGGAAUAUUAGUAUUAGGAACACUUCGAGCCAUCGGCCACAGUCAAUUACCAAUCCUUAUGAAACCAAUGUCAUCCUCAUCUAAAGUAGAAACAAAUAGAAUCGAAAGAGACGUAAGCCAAUAUUAUACAAGCCACCAUAAAAAUAAGAGACAAUUGGAAAUGUUAACAAUCACAGAAUCAAUUAGAUUGUGCACUGGACGCAAUUGUUCCACGAGUGAUAACAAUCAUAAAACAAACAACGAGGGAUUCUUAGAAUAUUAUAAUAGGACAACAUUACAAUGGGUUCCGAUGUGCGAUAACAGAUUCACUGAGAGAAACGCCCAAGUGGUUUGUCGUGAAUUGGGCUUCGAUCCAAUAAACGUAUUCUUCGCACACGACUAUCGAGUAGAGUAUCACAGUAAUUCCCUUUCACGAAUAUGGUCAUGGCCGGAGCCGCUACAAUGUGUGGGAACAGAAGAUCGUUACGAAGAUUGUCCAAUUCGUCUGAACGGUCAACUGUAUGGACACAGACAUGAAUGCAAAUGGAACUCGCAAUUCGUGUUUAUUCAUUGCGGCUCCAGAAACUUAAAUGAAAACCUAGAAUAUUGGGGAGGCAUAAGAUUUACAAAUCCAGAAUUUGAAUAUUCGCUGUAUGAACAUAGGAUACACGAUCAUCACACUCACGAGACGUUGAAGAAGGUCGAAAGUGUUUUGCAACAUGUACAAAUCAUUGGAGCGGGAAUAUUACAUAAUGAAAAAUCACCGGCACUACAAAGUAUUGUUAAAAAUCCAGUCAUUGAAAACGUUAACAUAAGUAAAUGCGCACAUCAUGGGAUUAAUGUAAUAUCGCCAACUAAUACGAUUAAUAUGAUGUUUAAUUCUAUCAGCGAUACCUUAGGAGAAGGUAUCAGCGCCAUAUCAUUGAGUGGGGAAGGUCGAGACUCGGAAGAAUCUAGUUUCACACCUUUGAAAGAUUUAAAUCUACCGUACCACCUAUUUUCUCUUAUAGAUAUAUGUGACAGUACGAAGGUAGUAACCGUCGAAGAAAGGGUGCUCUUAUACUAUAAAUACGAUAAUAAUCCAGUAAAUUGUGUGAAGAUUUUCAAAAGUAUGUAUAGAGUAAAACCGUUUGGAUUCAGGCUGCUGCAAUUUAAUUUAUUUAACCACACUCUCAACUACGGAAAACGGGAUUCUUUGACACUUUACGAUGGAGACAUUUACAACAUAACAGCUCCCCAAAUAGCAUACCUUGAGAAUGGAUCGCCAGAUGAAAAGAAACUGUUCAAAACAGAAGGUUCCAGUUUGAGUGUUAAGUUGUUUGCUAACGGUGCUUCAUCUGUUCAUGGAUUUAUUGCAGAAAUCGUAACUCUGCCUAUUUCUGCCAUUGGAUUAAGUCGCGACGUCCAACAUAACAUAUCGAACAGUGAAUUAAUCAACAAUCGUGAUGGGGCCAUUACUUACCAAUCUGUAGGAGAAGUGAAUCCUUUAGUGGCUAUAACCAGGAAUGACAUUACCCAAAACUGUCUCAAGCUUUACGGAAACUUCACAACGUGUCAGGCAGCCGUGACGGUUGACGUUCAGAAUACGCAGACAUUAGUGUUCAGGAACAAUUUAAUUCGUAAUAACGUCGGUGGUCUCCUUGUGAUAGCUGAUUCCCGCGGGUCAGCGACCUCGCUCCGCGGCUGGAUACAUAAUAAUUUGUUUCUAGCUAACCACGACAGACCUGCGCUACAAGUUGAAGGUCGCCAGUCAUCACCCUACCAAGAAGUGACCAUCUAUCGCAACUACUUCACUCAGAACCUAGCAGUGUACCGCGACGUGAUCGUUCUACAUCAAGUAGUGUCCAAUUUCAGCCACAAUUACGUACAUCACAACACUGGUCUCAGAAUACUUCACGUGUCUGGCUUCCACAAGGUCCGCCUGCCUAUAUACCAGACAACGUCGCACAACGGAUUCUACAAGAACUUCGCGUUAGACCGCGAGGGCCGCGCCACCGUAGUAGCGGGGACUGCUGGCCAGCACUAUGUAGACAAUGUGUUUUUCAAUCCCGACAACGACUACGAAAUGAUCACUGUUAACAGAUCAAUCUUUGUUGACUAUAACCCGAAUAUCAUAAGAAAACGGAGCAAGACCGACUAUGUGUGGGACUACAGAGACGCUAGAAACUAA